AUGGAAGCCGUUGCUACAGCUGGCGUCGAAGUUGUCGUCCAAAACCUGAUCAACUUUCUCAAGGAAGAGUACUCUCUGCUUCGAGGUCUUGAGGAAGAAGCCGGAAAGCUGCAGGAGACUUUGGAGAUGAUUCAAGCCUACUUGAGUGACGCUGAGACGAAAUCCACCGGUGAAGCAGUCAAGAUGUGGUUGAGGAAACUUGAAGCUGUGGCUUUCGAUGCUUAUUAUGUUUUGGAUGAAUUCAACUAUCAUUUUCUCUACAAAAAAGCGAGGGAAAUGAACGCACCCAAUCCCAAUCCCAAGCCGAAGAAUAAGGUACUAUCAUGCUUGUCAUCCUGUACUAGUAGUCGUAUUUCACGUCGCUCUAAAAUGGCUCAUACCAUCAAACAAAUCAAUGCGAAUUUCGAGUCUGUGAACAAAAAGGCAACACAACUUGGCCUUCAAAAUAUGCUUGCGUAUGCACCCCCUGCUGUUGUUGAUACCUCUGAUGAGACUGAUUCGUUGAGUCUUGAUCCAAUAUUUAUUGGUAGAAAUCAUGAUGUGCCUAAACUAGUUGACAUGCUCACACAGACCCACCCAGAAGAAGAUAAACGGAUGUUCUCCAUCAUUGCUCUUGUGGGAAUGGGUGGUAUGGGGAAAACUACGUUGACUAAAAAAGUCUUCAAUCAUGAAAGGGUGAAGGCUCAAUUCGGAUCACUUAUCUGGGUUCAUGUUUCUCAAUCUUUUGAUCCCAUCAUUCUUUUUAAAAAAAUCUUGUCAGCAUUGACUAGAGAGAUCAUUGGUGAGGUUCAAAGUAGGGAAGUCAUACUGAAAAAACUUCAAGAAGCUCUCAAGUCAAAAACUUUUCUUCUUGUUCUUGAUGAUGUAUGGAAUGAAGAUGUUUCCAAGUGGGAAGACUUUAUAAACUCCAUGUCAGGAGUUAGUUCCACUAUGGGAAAUGGAAUUAUCAUCACUACCAGAAGUCAAAAUGUUGCUUCAAUUGUGAGACCACUUGAAUACACUUUAAGUGGUUUAUCAGAUGAUGAUUGCUGGUCUAUAAUUAGAGAAAAAGCUUUUGAUGGAAAUGAAGAAGUCCCACCACAAUUUGAGAUUAUUGGGAGAAAGAUUGCAGAAGCAUGUCGAGGUUUGCCCUUAGCUGCCAAUGUAGUUGCUGGUGUGCUUCGACGGUGUAAGUUCGAAGAAGAGUGGCGCUUAAUCAGUGUAAAUUGUCUUUCAGAUGCUGAAGGUGCUGAAAGAAUAAAAAAAAUACUGAAAUUGAGCUUUGAUUAUUUGCCUUCACCAUCCCUCAAGAAGUGCUUUGCAUAUUGUUCAAUUUUCCCUAAAGGUCACCGGAUUGGGAAGCAGAGAGUUAUUGAGCAGUGGAUGGCAGAAGGUUUUCUUCAACGAGAUGAAAGAAAUGAGAUGGAAGAUGUGGGAAAUAAGUAUUUCAAUGUUCUUCUACACAACUCUUUGCUUCAAGUUGCAUGGCGAGAUGCUAAUGGAAAUGAGAGAGGUUACAUGAUGCAUGAUCUUGUGCAUGAUCUUGCAUCUUCUGCUCUAUCUAACAAUGCAGAAGGAAGCACCCCCACCCGAUACAUGUUUCUUGAAAAAGAAACAAGUCAUAUUUCGAAAGAAGUGGCCAAGCAAUUGCGUACAUUAAUCUUGGAAAGUGGAACUUCUGGUAUAUUGUUCUCAGACUUCCAGUGUCUGCAUAGUCUAACUCUCGAUGAUUAUUAUAAUAUUAAAGAGUUGCCCAAUUCAAUUAGGGAAUUGAUACAUUUGAGAUAUCUUGAUAUUUCAAAUACGAAUACUGGAGACUUCCCGGAGUGGAUUGGUGAACUUAGUCACAUGCAAACGUUAAGAUUACCAUGGGUGUCGUCUUCGCAGAAACUGGGAAACACGCUGAAGUACUUGGGUAACUUGAGGCAUCUGUAUAUCACAUAUGUAGAUUACCUUGCGGAGAUUGGGAGAUUAACUAGUCUCCAAACACUACCUUGUUUUAGAGUGGGUGAAGAGAAGGGCUAUCAUAUUGAGGAACUCGGAAAUUUGAAAAACCUCAGUGGAGAAUUGGCUAUUAGAAAUCUUGAAAGGGUGCGUGACAAGGAAGAGGCUCUGAAAGCCAAUAUAUUGCAGAAGCAACACUUAUCUAAAUUGUGUUUUGUAUGGGACUAUCAUAGUCUGGGUGAAAGAAAUGAUGAGAGUGUGUUGGAAGGUCUCGGACCUCAUGCAAAUCUGAAGAAGUUGGCGAUUCAGGGAUACAAAGGCAAAAGAUUUCCAACAUGGUUACAGGGUGAUCCUCAUGGCUCUAGCUUACCACUUCAUAACUUGAUUGAGUUAAAACUCACUGGGUGCUCAGAAUGUGAGGAAAUAACAUUGGACCACUUGCCAAAUUUAGGGUCGCUGUUUAUAACCCAAUUAGAGAAUUUGAGAUCAUUAGAUGGGAUGGACACCCUGAAUUCUCUGCAUACCUUGGUAAUAGAAAGGUGUGAAAAUCUGAAGUCGAUUGGGAAACCAAGUUGUGGAGAAGGAGGAAAUCAAAGAAUCUUCGUUGUGAUGAGAAUUACAGACUGCAGAGAACUGAUGGAAUUUCCACAUCAAAUGCUAGAGUUGUGGGCCCCUACGAUUAAGGCUCUUGAAUUGGUAGGAUUAAGAAGCCUAAAGAAUCUACCAAUGCUAAUUGAAUGCCUCGCUAAAUCAUCUAAUCUUGGAUUUUUAACAAUCAGAGACGUUCCUAAAUUGAUGUCUGCUGGAAGUGUUGAGAGUUGGGAUUUAGGUAGCUUGAGGUAUUUAAAUAUAGAUGUGAGUGUGGAGUGGUCAAAAGAGAGUAGUGUUGCCAUUAAUGAGACUGUGAAUGGCAUAUUGGAAGGCGGUUGCAACUCACUUAAGCAGUUAACAUUAAGAGGGGUGGAAAAUUGGGAGUGGCUGCCUCAAUCAAUUCAACGUCUCACUUCUCUUUUUGAGGUGCCGCAAUGGUUUGGAAACCUCUCGGCCUCUGUGGAUGCAUUGAAGCUCCUCACUACAUUAGAGAGGUUAAAUAUUAGAAAGUGCCCGGAACUAAGUAUUGAUUUGGAGUGGCGCAACCAUCAGAAUCUCAAUAUCAAGGUUGAUGACAACCUCAUCUGA